GGAGCCGCGUUUGUCGCUGUCGGGCUCCUCGGCCCCGCCGUUUUGGGCCGGGGGUCCCGCCCCGGGGCAAACCUACAUCCCCGGCGGCACCGGGAUAGGGCCCUGUGCAGGGACACUGCCUUCGCCCGCACGCUGAGCCCGAUGGUGACGGGCACGUCGGUGCUGGGGGUGAGGUUCGAGGGGGGGGUGAUGCUGGCCGCCGACACCGUGGGCUCCUACGGCUCCCUGGCCCGGUUCCGGGGCAUCUCCCGCCUCCUGAGGGUCAACGACUGCACCGCUGGGGCCUCGGGAGACUACGCCGACUUCCAGUACCUGCAGCAGGUCAUCGACCAGAUGGUACCAUCCAGUCCAACCCCGCCGUGGUUCCCAGCCCGUGGCACUGAGGCCACGUCCAGUCUGGGCUUAAAAACCCCCAGGGCUGGAGAAUCCCCCCCCUCCCUGGGCAGCCCAUUCCAAGGGCUGAGCACCCUCUUCCUUCCCUGUGCCCUCAGGUUCCUGGGAUACGUGGACAUGCUGGGAGUGGCCUACGAGGCGCCGACGUUGGCCACGGGGUUCGGGGCCUACCUGGCUCAGCCCCUGAUGAGGGAGGUCCUGGAGAAGAAGCAGAGCCUGACCCAGGAGGAGGCCCGGGACCUCCUGGAGCGCUGCCUGCGGAUCCUCUACUACAGGGACGCCAGAUCCUUCAACAGGUAUGAACUCGCCACCGUGACGGAGAAGGGGGUGCAGGUGGAGGGACCCCUGACCCUGGAAGCCAACUGGGACAUCGCCCACGUGGUCAGCGGCUUCGAGUGAACUCCGGGAGCUGCUCCAGGUCGUCGCGUCCUUUGUGUCCCACCCUUUGUAUCCUGGUCCCUCUGGAAUGUCCCUCUGGAAUGUCCCAUCCGUGUUUUUGGGAAUAAAACCAAGACCUUUUAA